AUGCUCUUCGAGCGCAGAGUGAGUGAGAAGUAUACUAUAGGCAAAUGUCUUGAGAGGGUGCUUAUGCGUUUCGGUGGCAAGCGUAAUACUGCUGCCUUGCUGCACGACUACUUGGACAUCGACAACGUAGUGGUCCUUAUACGUGAUAUCGGAGAAAGGAACAAAAAGUCGACAUACUUCAUGUGCGAUAUGCAUUCCACUUUGCGAGAGAGCAUCGAAAACACUAAAAUGCUAGAGUUUCCCAGACUCGAUGUCGCACUAAAACGUGAUUUACAUCUUUACCAAAUAGUCGAACGGAGGCCAAAAGUGUUGCCGGAGGAUGGAAAAAAAGAGGAGGAACCACGUAACUAA